AUGACACCGUCUCUCAGAAGCAUGUCUUUCAUUGUUUACUGCCUGGCCUUUCCUCUUGGUGUGCUCGGGAAUGAAGUGGUUAUCUGUGUGACCGGGUUCAAGAUGAAGAAAACAGUUCACACAGUUUGGUUCCUCAACCUCGCUGUGGCCGACUUCCUCUUCACAGGAUUUCUGCCUCUGAAUGCGGUGUACCUGGCUUUGGAUUUUCACUGGCCUUUUGGCGAGUUCAUGUGCAAACUGAGCAGCACAUUAAUCUCCCUGAACAUGUUUGCCAGUGUCUACAUUCUGAUGGUGAUCAGUGUGGACAGAUGUGUGUCUGUGGUGUGGCCCAUCUGGGCCCAGAACUACAGAAGUGUGCAGAAGGCAUCCUGUGUGAGUCUGAGUGUGUGGAUAGUGGCUCUGAUUCUCAGCUCUCGAAUUUUCAUCUUCAAGAGCACUGGGUCAUCAUAUCUCCAUGAUGACAGCAUCACCAGCUGCAAAAACCUUGCCCUCUAUAAUGACUAUACAAGACCAUCUGUGAAUCAGCAGCUGCAGGCCAUGACCAUCACCUUCCUCCUCCUGGGAUUUGUUGUCCCCUUCACCGUCAUUUUCUCCUGUUAUGCUGUGAUAAUCCAUCAUCGCAGAAGAAACUGCACCCUGGCCAGCCAGUCAAGUCGCCCCUUUAAGAUCCUCACUGCAGUGAUCAUAACUUUCUUCCUGUGCUUGGCUCCUUAUCACAUCAUAGCUCUAACUGAGAUGAUCAAUGACAUGCCUGCUCAUCACAGUCAAACACUAAGCUGCAUCAUUACCAUUGGUGCCCCGAUAGCAACCAGCCUGGCCAUUUUCAGGAGUUGCCUGAACCCAUUGCUGUAUGUGCUUGUGGGCCAAGAUUGUAAGAACAGGGUCUGUAAAUCCAUCCUGAGUGCAAUGGAGACAGCCUUCCAGGAAGAUGUUUCUGACUCUCACACUGAGUCAGUGGACACCAGGCAGAGCACUGAGAUGACAGCUCUUAAUACUGACGUAUAA